AUGAUUUCCCAACUAUCACAUGUUAUGACUCUUGCAAACAGUAUUAUUGGAGUAAGUGUUCUUGCUAUGCCAUUUUGUUUCAAGCAAUGUGGCAUUAUUUUGGCAGCUUUGGUUUUGCUACUAAGUAGCCUAUUGUCCCGACUUGCUUGUCAUUUUCUUAUCAAAUCAGCUGUAAUGUCAAGAAGAAGAAAUUUUGAACUUUUGGCUUUUCACGCAUUUGGUCACAUGGGAAAGUUCUUGGUGGAAUUAUUCAUCAUUGGAUUUCUUGUGGGAACAUGCAUCGCUUUCUUUGUUGUUAUGGGUGAUUUAGGACCACAAAUUGUAGGAAAAGUGAUAAACAAAAGCCCACACGACAUUAGAACUAGUUUACUCGUAACAACAAGCAUCUUUAUUGUUUUACCUUUGGGAUUACUUCGAAACAUUGACAGUUUAUCCAGUUUUUGUACUGCUGCAGUUAUCUUUUACCUCUGUCUUGUAUUAAAGAUAGUAACAGAGUCUAUGCAACACAUUUUUGCUGGAGAUUGGUAUGAACAUGUAUAUUACUGGAGACCAUCUGGUAUACUUCAAUGUAUACCAAUCUUUUCUAUGGCUUUAUUCUGCCAGACUCAACUAUUUGAAAUAUAUGAAACCAUUCCAAAUGUGUCACUGGAGAAAAUGAAUGAUGUUGUCCGAGGCGCGUUAAAUAUAUGCACUAUUGUGUAUCUGUGCGUCGGUUUUUUUGGCUAUAUCGCGUUUUGCACGCAACCUUUUACAGGCAAUAUAUUGAUGAGCUUUAAACCUAGCCUUUCAUCGGAAAUGAUCAAAAUGGGAUUUGUGUUUUCUAUUGCAUUUAGCUUUCCUCUAGUUAUUUUCCCAUGUCGCGCCAGUUUAAACUCCCUUUUAUUUCGCAGGGUAUAUGCUCAUGAACCAUCAAUAAAUUAUUUACCAGAAUUAAGGUUUAGAUGUCUGACAAUCGCAAUUGUAGCUAUCUCUAUGAUUACUGGCAUUCUAAUACCAAAUAUAGAAUUCGUCCUUGGUUUAGUGGGAUCCACAAUUGGUGUCAUGAUAUGCCUUAUAUUUCCAGCAAUAUUCUUUAUAUCUAUUAGUAGCAAACACACUAAUGAGAGACUACUGGCACAAGUAAUUUUAUUCACUGGCAUCUGUAUUAUGAUUCUGAGCACAUACGCAAAUUUGUAUGCGUUAGAAGAAUCUAGCAACACAAAACUUUUAAUAACAACCAGUAAACCUAUUAAUCAGAUUAAUAACUUACCAUUAAAUUUGAACAAAGAUGAUAUUAAUGCAAUGGCGAAUAUUCCUCACAACCAGGAGAUUUUACCAGAUAUUAAAGAGAAAAUAGAUCAGCUGCCAGAGUCGAAUAUUCUGGAGAAAUUAGUAAAUUUAAAGUCGAAUGACAUACGUCAGGAACCACCGAUUCCCGUUGAACGCAUUAUUGUCACCGAAAAACCAGUGGUAGAAACGCAAAAACCUAUCGAAAGUGUAGUAGUCACCCUUCCUCCGAUAAUUGGGAAAGUUAUGGAAGAAAUAAGAACAUUGAACAAAAAUUUUCACGAAGAAUCAAAAUUUAUGCCGAAAGACAAUGUCAUAAAGACUGCAGAAUCUGUAACAGCGAAAACGAUAGAAGAAAGUGCUGUCGCGGAAUUAAAACAGAAUUUUGUCGACAUGCAAAAGAAUGAUAAUCUAAUCAAUUUUGAUGCAAUCAAGAAAGAAGAAGCGGAGCUAGCUGCGGAUGCAGACAUUGCUAACGUAGCGGUUGCAGAUAAGUAUGAAAAACUUACAAAUACAAAUCUGAAAACUCAUAAAGAAGAAUUUGAAAGACAGAAGCAAAGAAUAAUAAAUAAUGCAAAGGAGCUUGGAGAAAAUGAGAGAAGAUUGAAAACUUUGAAUGAAAAGUUGGUUAUUCGAAAAAACAACAAUUCUACAGAUUUAAGUGUCAAACAGGAAAACGAAGUUUUAAAUAAAACGAAAGGAAGCGACAAUGACAAAGAUGUUCGAAUGAACGUUCACAAGGAAAAUUCUUUUCUAACCAAAGAUGUAAACAGUAAAACUUUAAACAAUAAAGAGAUUAAGGAAGAGAAAGGCAAGCAUGCUAAGGAAAGAUCUAUUCAUUCUAAAGACUUACCGAGAGGUCCCAUUCUGAAUGCUUUAAUGAAACGAAGAAUUCCGAAAUCUAAAUCUUCGAAUGAAUUGGUAAAUACUGAUGAAGACGUUAAAGCUCUAUCUAAAAACGACAUGCCUGAAGAUAUUAUGUCCAAUUUACAAGAAAAAUCGGUCCUGAACAGUGAAAAUCAAAAAGCACAGUACGAGUAUUCCUUACCCAUCGCAUUAAAAAUGCAUAAUCAAACAAAAAUGGAAAAUGCAUCGGUUUUACUCGCAAAUAAAUCAGAGGAAAAUAUUCAAGUGCUUCGUAGAGAUAUUUUAGAGAACCACGAACGCGACAAACGGGAAGUCAAUUUAAGUCCAGACGAAACUGAUACCAAAGUUAUGAGUGAUAUUUCUGGUAAAAAUACAGAACGACUAAUAAGAGAUUCUACCAUAAAGAAUGAUCGUGAUGAAUGUUCCAAGCAGAAUAAAAAUGUGAAAAAUGAAAGUCUCACGGAUAAAUCUAAGAUGAACGAAAAUCAGUCUAAAAGUGGUUUGAUAGAAAUGCCGUUGAUUAAAGUCAAUAUGUACUUGUCGGAACAAAAAAUUGCAAAUUCAAUAUCAGUAGAUCCGGAUAUUGCUAUAAGAGGAGAGUAUGUCAAACUAAAGCAAAGGGAUUUAAAAUCUGUAGAUUCCGGCGAAGAUUGUAAUAUUUAAAUAU